AUGGGGCUGUCUAUGAGCCGGGCGGAAAGCAAUGGCACGCUGUUCGUCGUGGGCCAGGGCCAGGUAUCCGCCGAGCCCAACAUGGCCACAGUGUCUCUUUCAGUAUCCAGCACCAACGAUACGGCCUCAGAUGCGCGAGAGCGGGCGGCGGAACUCACCAAAGCGACGCUGACCUCCAUUCGUGGAAUCUCGGGCAUAAAUCGAACCUCCGACAUUAAGACCACCGACAUCAAUGUCAACCCCCAGAUGGUGUACAACUCCCAGACAGGAGAGAGCACCAUCACCGGGUACACAUUCUCUCAGAACCUCCAGGUCACCGUGCGCGACUUGAGCAGCGACCUUCUCUCCAGCGUAAUCGACAGCGCGGUGCGUGCCGGCGGCAACGCCCUGCAAAUCACCAGCGUGACGCUCUCGCUCAGCCCCACCGCAAGGAAGGCAGCCCUGGAUGCAGCCCGCCGUGCCGCAGUGAGCGAUGCACGCGACACCGCCCGGCUACUCGCCUCAGCCGCCGAAGUCACCUUGGGCCGCCCACAGCGGAUUGAGGACAGCAACUCGACGCCAGCCAUGCCAAUUGCGUAUGCAGCAGCUGGCGCAAUGGCAAGGAACGCCAAAGAUACAGAGACUCCAGUGGAGCUAGGGACGCUGCAGGUCCAAGCCACCGUCUCCAUCACAUAUGCAGUGGAGUGA